UUAACUCCCUCCUUAGUCCAUAGGAUACUUUUCCUCCUAACACUUUUUAUUAAAAUUACAAAAAUAGCCUCAAGUAACGUAAUAUUUAAACAUACUAACACAUGAACACACCACCUCCCUCAAUUAGCUAUAUAGACUUCUUGAUUAUUUUAUUUAUAUUAAUAAUUAUAAUUAUAAUACUAAUAAUAAACUCAACUCUGUAGUCUGUAUUCGUUAAAUUCAAUUGUAUAUUUAAUGGCAGAAGAAACUGAAUUAUUCAAGAUCCGAUGAACUGAAGGGAGUCGAAAAGUAGAAGAAGAAGAAAAUGGUGAUCAAGAAGAACAACAACCAAUAUCCUCAUCUUGAUCAUCAUCAUCAUCAUCAUCAUAUAAUGUAUUUCACCAAAAGGCUUUCAAGUCUCGAUUAUCGUUACUUUCUCAUACUAAUCCCACCACUCUCCUUAAUCAUCUUCUUCUUCCUCCCAUAUUUUUCAUCACCUCUCACAAAUCCAUUCUCCUCUUUCGCUCCAAUUCGAUCAUUCCUACUCGGUGUAACCGUAAAUAUUAAUGCCACCACCACCACCACCGGUACUAGUCCUGUCUCAAUUUAUUAUUAUACCCCGCCGCGAAACGAAACGGCUGAGACUCGGCUUUGGAGGAAGAAGAAGGAAGAGUUGCUUAGAUCAAGAAUUGCUGUUUGUUUAGUUGGCGGCGCUAGGAGGUUCGAGCUAACAGGACCUUCAAUCAUGGAGAAUAUUCUAGAAGAGUAUCCGAAUUCUGAUCUUUUUCUUCACAGUCCGUUGGAUCAAAACGCCUUCAAAUUCUCGCUUCUUAAGAACGCUCCAAACCUGGCUUCUGUUCGAAUCUUUGAGCCCAAACCCAUACCGGAGACUGAGACCCAGGCUCGGGUUCUCACCGCUCAGAACUCCCCUAAUGGAAUCCAGGGUCUUUUGCAGUAUUUCCACCUCGUGGAAGGGUGUUUAACUUUAAUCCAAAACUACCAAAAACGACAGAACUUCACUUACGACUGGAUAAUCCGAACCCGAGUAGAUGGUUACUGGAACGACCCGCUCCACCCGAGAAACUUCAUAGCGGGCGGUUACUUGGUCCCACCCGGGUCAAGUUACGGUGGACUUAACGACCGUUUCGGCUUAGGAGACCUCAACACCUCAAUAGUCGCUCUCUCACGCCUCUCCCUCAUCCCAAAACUCGACUCGGCCGGGUUAUACCAACUCAACUCAGAAACCUCCUUCAAAGCUCAACUCACCACCCAAGGCGUGCCUUACGUCACCAAACGGCUCCCGUUCUGUGUGGUGUCGGAUCGGAUGUACGAAUUCCCUCCCACCCAGUUCGGCGUGCCGGUUACGGCGUUGUCGAGCCGCGGUCCACUGAGUGGAGCCAAGUGUCGGCCUUGCACGGCGGCGUGUCGGGGCGCGUGCGUUGCUGAAGUGAUGCCGGGGCUUUACAAGAGCUGGAGCUGGACCGAUUGGGCCAACGGGACACUCGAGCUGUGCGACGCGCAUGAGAAGUGGGAAGAUGGUUGGGAGAAAUUAUUUGACCGAGUCGCCGGGAAGAAACUCGCCAAAGAAAGGAAAAGAGUUCAAAGUUUGACUUUGAAAAAAUGCGUUAACGAUUUUGAAGAAAUGAAGAAACGAACUUGGAAUUGGGAGGCUCCGCCUCCGAGGCAGAUAUGUAAUAUGGGCUUGGAGGCCCAUUGAAAUGUUUUUGGGCUUUGCGGUUCGAUUUGUAAAUUGGGGAAAGGUGAAACAGCUGUUAAAUUUGUUUCUUCUUUCUGCAGAAAAAAUAGAAAUAGAAAAUAAAUUUUUGUAGUGUUUUAAUAUAGUUUUAAAGAUGUCUUUUGGAAUUGUAUUUCUUACGUUAUUAUUUUGACAUUCAAUAUAGUUAUAACAGUUACAAUUCAAAUAUUAUUCUCUUUGAAGAUUCCAGAA